GGAUUCGUCUACGCUCUUAUCAGCUGGAGGGAGUCAAUUGGCUAGCCCAGUGCUUCCAUUGCCAAAAUGGCUGUAUCCUGGGAGAUGAGAUGGGCCUGGGGAAGACCUGCCAGACUAUCGCUCUCCUCGUUUACUUGGUGGGAAGACUGAACGACGAAGGGCCAUUUCUGAUUCUUUGUCCCUUGUCUGUUUUGAGCAAUUGGAAAGAAGAGUUGGAGAGAUUUGCUCCAGGUCUUUCCUGUGUGACAUAUGUAGGUGGCAAGGAGGAAAGAGCCCACCUUCAGCAAGGCCUACAACAGGAGCCUCAUUUCCACGUGCUGCUGACUACCUACGAGAUUUGCUUGAAAGAUGCCUCGUUUCUAAAAUCCUUCUCUUGGAGUGUUCUUGCUGUGGACGAAGCUCACAGAUUGAAAAACCAGAGCUCCCUGCUGCAUAGGACACUUUCAGAGUUCUCAGUGGUCUUCCGUCUCCUGCUCACCGGAACUCCCGUCCAGAACAGCCUCCAGGAGCUCUACUCCCUCCUCAGUGUCGUGGAGCCUGACCUCUUCUGCAGGGAGCAGGUGGAAGAUUUUGUUCAGCGUUACCAGGACAUUGAGAAAGAGUCCAAAUCAGCAAAUGAGCUACAUAGACUCUUGCGGCCAUUUCUCCUAAGGCGAGUGAAGGCUCAGGUAGCCACAGAGCUUCCCAAGAAGACAGAGGUGGUCAUAUACCAUGGCAUGUCAGCACUACAGAAACAGUACUACAAGGCCAUCUUGAUGAAAGACCUGGAUGCGUUUGAGAAUGAGAUGGCAAAGAAGGUCAAACUGCAGAACGUCCUAACGCAGCUUCGGAAGUGUGUGGACCACCCGUAUCUGUUCGAUGGUGUGGAACCAGAGCCCUUUGAAAUUGGAGAGCACCUGAUUGAGGCCAGUGGGAAACUUCACCUGCUGGACAGGCUGCUGGCAUUUCUGUAUUCGGGGGGCCAUCGGGUCUUACUUUUCUCCCAAAUGACCCACAUGUUGGAUAUUCUGCAAGACUAUAUGGAUUACAGAGGCUAUAGCUAUGAGCGUGUGGAUGGCUCCGUGAGAGGAGAAGAGAGACACCUGGCCAUUAAGAACUUUGGAAAAGAGCCCAUUUUUGUUUUUCUCCUGAGCACCCGGGCAGGUGGAGUGGGCAUGAACUUAACGGCAGCAGAUACCGUUAUCUUUGUCGACAGUGACUUUAAUCCUCAGAACGACUUGCAGGCGGCUGCCAGAGCUCACCGAAUUGGCCAGAACAAGUCUGUUAAAGUCAUUCGGCUGAUUGGCAGAGAUACUGUGGAAGAAAUCGUGUACAGGAAGGCAGCCUCCAAAUUGCAGCUUACCAACAUGGUCAUGGAGGGGGGCCAUUUCACCCUAGGAGCCCAGAGACCGUCCGCUGAGGCCGACUUCCAGUUAAGCGAGAUACUUAAAUUCGGCUUGGAUAAACUGCUGUCCUCUGAGGGGAGCACCGUGGAUGAAGUAGACCUGGGAUCCAUCCUGGGAGAAACCAAAGAUGGCCAGUGGGUCCCUGAUGCUUUGCCUGCAGCAGCAGAAGGGGGAAACAGAGAACAAGAGGAAGGAAAAAACCAUAUGUACUUAUUUGAAGGUAAAGAUUACUCUAAAGAGCCCAGUAAGGAAGACAGGAAGUCCUUUGAACAGCUGGUGAAUAUUCAGAAAGCUCUGCUAGAGAAAACAAGUCAUGGGGGCCGGUCCCUCCGAAAUAAAGGCAGCAGCGUCCUUAUCCCAGGCCUGGCAGAAGGGCCCAUCAAAAGGAAGAAACUUCUGAGCCCAGAAGAGCUGGAGGACAGACGGAAGAAAAGACAGGAAGCAGCAGCCAAGAGAAAGAGACUAAUGGAGGAGAGGAAGAAGGAGAAGGAGGAAGCCGAACACAGGAAGAAGAUGGCCUGGUGGGAAUCCAACAGUUACCAGUCCUUCUGCCUGCCCUUGGAGGACAGCGAGCCCGAGGACCUUGAGGAUGGAGAAGACGAGACUUCUGGUGAGCUAGAUGAUGAAGACCUAGACUCAAUGGCUAUCAAGUACGUUAGCGGUGACGUCACCCACCCACAGGCUGAUGCCGAGGAUGCCAUCAUUGUUCAUUGUGUAGAUGAUUCUGGCCGCUGGGGCAGAGGUGGCUUAUUCUCAGCUCUGGAAGCACGAUCAGCAGAACCAAGAAAAAUAUAUGAGCUGGCUGGGAAAAUGAAAGACUUGAGUUUGGGAGGUGUCCUUUUAUUUCCUGUUGAUGAUAAAGAGUCACGAGACAAAGGGCAAGAUUUGUUGGCCUUGAUUGUGGCUCAGCACCGUGAUCGCUCCAAUGUCCUGUCUGGCAUUAAGAUGGAGGCUCUAGAAGAGGGCCUCAAGAAGUUAUUUUUAGCAGCAAAGAAAAAGAAAGCAAGUGUCCAUCUUCCACGCAUUGGACACGCUACAAAGGGUUUUAACUGGUACGGCACCGAAAGGCUCAUUCGGAAACAUCUGUCUGCAAGAGGCAUCCCAACAUACAUAUACUACUUUCCUGAAAGAAGUAAGGCUGCUGCCUGCCAUUCACGGUCUGCAUCUCCCUCUUCAGCACCGCUGGUUUCUUAGCAAUCAGCCCAGCAUAGAAUCCAGUUUUUAGCAACUGGCUAGUAAAUCCAUGGCGCAGAGUGACUGUUAGUUUUCAUGGAACAAGGCUGUUUUUUGGCUGCAUCCCCUACUCUGGAACCUCUGGAUAGUCUUUUAUGAAUUCUAAUUUUGUUUCACUGCAAUUGUUACUGUGAUACAGGACUGCACAGCUUAUUUGGGGAAGCCCCUUGGCUUCAGAUUAUAUAACUUUGUAUAAAAAUAAAUUUCCUAUCAUUAAUA